AUGGUGGUUCAACUCGGAUUGUUGCAUGAAGGAGCUGAUGGACAAACAAAGGCUGAAAUCGAAGAAGCCCUGAAACUCCCCGAGUCCGGCAUCAUCGAAGCCAUCGAAUACCUCUCCGACCGCUUCCAAUGCAUCGACAACAUCACCAUGCGUAAUGCUCUCUUCCUCGAUUCCAGCUUCCCUGCUACCGCUUACUUUGCCCGCCGAAUUCAGUCGACAAAAUCGAACGUUUUCAAGGUCGAUUUCGCGGAAAGCCCCGAGCUUUCUCGGGCAAUCAUCAACCAAUGGUCAGCUGGACCUGGUCGGGCUGGUUCAACCCUUCCAGAAGGCAGCCUUGACGAAUCAACAAGCAUGCUUUUCUUGUCCUCAAUGGAUUUCAACUCCAAAUGGGCGGUAAAAUUCGAUGAGCGAGUUCAAAUGGCGCCAUUUUAUCUCCCCGACGGCUCAAGAACUGCCGUUGAAAUGAUGCAGACUCAAACAGCUCUACCCUUCAUUCUCAACUGCAACGACUACCCCGAUUACGAGGACUGCAUCAACGAUGAUUUCGUGCCAACAAUGCUUACGUUGCCGAUGGAAGACCCGAAUAUCCAGCUGAAUAUCAUCGUCCCCAACGAUCAAUUGCCACUUCAUGCGAUUAUGACAAUGUCCGGAAUGUGGCUCCCGUAUUGGCGACACUUGGUCGAUGGCAAGUUGGACGAGGUCUUCCUGAAGCUUCCUAAAGUUUCAACAACAACGAAAACCGAUCUCACCAAAUCCUACUUCGACCUGGGCAUGACCACAAUUUCGCAGCCACUCAUCGCUGAUUUUUCAAGAAUCACUGAUCAACAAGGACUCUCCGUCUCAACUGUCUUCCAAGAAAACCGAUUACGAUGGGAUAUUGAAGGAGCAUCAGCUGGACUGCAAAUCGGAGCAGUUUUGAAGAACGGAAUUGCUCCAUCAGCUCGGGGUGGCCGAUUCUCCUCCCUCACCGAAGUAACAAUCGAUAGACCGUUUGUGUUUGCCAUUACAGACAGAGCUACAGAUACGAAUCUCUUCCUCGGAAUCAUCAACAACCCGAAAGAAUAA